AAAGCGAUGGCGAAUGUUUUCGUCGGCAACCAAGAGUGAAAUUAUUUUCUCUUAAAAGGGACAAAAAUUUAAAAAAUCAAUAACAUUGCCAUCUAUUUACCCAACACUCUCAUAAAAUGUCAGGAAGUAGUGAUAAAUGGUUGGAUGCCUAUCAUGACCCUGUGGCUUCUCUGUACACCUUUACACAAUGUCUCACAUUGUCUGACAUUCAUGCAGAUGGAGACUGGAAACUUAUUGUUGCUGAUUUGGGCACUGGGAGUUAUGACAUGAAACUUAAAGUAUACAAAAACACAACAUUAAUGAGUGAGCAUACAAUAAUUGAUUUGCCUACUGGAGUUGUCACUUUCUAUAUGGAUACUCUAACACCACGAACUCCAGCUAUUGCUGUUGCCUCUGGUCCAUAUAUUUAUGUGUACAAGAAUCUACGCCCAUAUUUUAAGUUUACUCUUCCUCCACUUGAAAUUCAUCCAGUUGAAGAAGAUUUGUGGAAUCAAGCAAAAGAGGACCAAGUUAAUAUUCAUCAAAUGCGAGAAAUUCUUGAAACUUUGAGACAAGAUGGAGGCUCAUUGACUGUCAGAUCAUUGAAACUACUGCAGUUGGAUAUCAAUAAUGUUUAUGAUUUUGUCAACCUUCACAAAAAUACACCCUUAAAGAAGCAGACUGUGCUGACAUGCCUUGCUACUAUGAAAAAGUCAUUAGCAGAUGAUGAUGCAAUUAGCUGUUUGGUGCUUGGAACAGAGAGUAAAUCAAUUUACAUAUUAGAUCCAGAAGCAUUUUCUAUUUUGGCUACAAUAAAUUUACCAAGUGUUCCAGUAUUUUUAAGUGUCAAUGGCCUCUUUGAUGUAGAUUACCGAAUUGUUGUUUCAUGUAGGAAUGGUUGUGUUUAUACUGUUAAAAGAGGAAACACAGAUGUGAGCAGGAACCUGAUUGAACUGAACUCACAACCAGUGGGGAUGGAGAGGAUUGGGAAAAACAUUUAUGUAGGUUGUAUGGAUGAGACUUUACACUGCUUCACGUCAAAGGGUAAAAAACUAUGGACAGUUCGUUUGCCAGCCAGCAUAACUACAAUUGAAGCAAUGGACUUCAAAGCUAGAAGUUUUACUGCUGUUUUAGUUGCACUUAGCAAUCAAGAAGUUCAUAUUUAUAAGGAGAAAUACCUCGUUGAUAUUUUGAAAAUGGAUGAUGUAGUUACAGGAAUGCGUUUUGGAAGAUUUGGAAGGGAAGAUGGAACAUUAAUAAUGUCGGCUAAACGUGGAGGCUUGUAUGUCAAAAUAUUAAAAAGAACAGCAAAAUUUGAAGAAAAAGAUUUGACGGCUGGUCCACCUAUUGCACAGAACAUCAAGUUAAAUGUUCCCAAGAAAACCAAGCUGUUUGUGGAUCAAACCCAGAGAGAAAGAGAGAAUGGCAUUGCCAUGCACAGAACAUUUCAGCGAGAUCUUUCUUUGCUGCGCUUAAAAGUAAUGAGAGAGUAUGUCAAAGUGCUAGACAGCAGCAUGAAUCCCAUUUCUUCUGACCCCAUGGAGCCGCUCAAGCUCACAGCUAAUGUUCAGGGUAUUGGCCCAACCUUUAAGUUCACUGUUAAGUUGCAGAACACGUCGCUGUCGCAAGCUUCAUCCAAUCUUCUCAUUUCAUUUGAUUAUGAUGACUCCUUGUACAAUUUUCAUAAAAAAUUAAUUCAGGUCCCCAUGUUGGUACCAGGAUUAACCUAUGAUUUUGAAACAUUUGUGGAAUGUCUUAAUGACAAAGGAAUCACAGACAGUGUAAAGGUUUAUGUACUUAAAAAUGGAAAGUCUGUUCCUCUCAUAACUGGGGUUGUCAGCAUGCCACCAAGUGAAAGUGUUAUUGUUGUGUAGCUGAUAAUCAGGUGUGUGAUGUGACCAUAACAAAAUUUGACUUCAAUCCUCUACCAGCAGCUCAUCAAACCUUUUAACAUUCAACCAUCAUGGCUACAGUACCUGAAUAAGUCAAUUAUGUUACACAUUUUAUUUUAAUAAAUUGAUAUUUAUGAUGAGAACUUGAUAGAAAUCACCAUGUUUUUCUGUCAUCAAUAUUGCUGGUAUAAUGCCAUUUAAAUAAAGGUUUAUGUGUUGUGCAGGUGAAUAGUUGAAGAUGGUUAAGCACAACAGCUAAAUUUUGUAAACAAAGUUGCUUGGAAAUUUCAGUGUUUUAAAAACCACUUUUUAUUUUAUUUUGUAUGUUCAAUGUUAGAUCUUAGUUUGAUUUGUUUGAAUUUAUAUUCAUAAAAUUCUCUUUUUAUAUUUUGUCAAUACUUUUUUGUUAAAAUAUUGAUUGGUGUUUAGAGAGUACAUGAAAUAUUUAGAUUGAUGUUUUGAAUUAAUCUAAACCUACUGUGAUAAAAACUGAAUAAAGUUGUUAGUGUAAAAUUUGUUUAAAAUUUUCAUAUGGAAUGUACAACUUGAAUGUCUUUAAAUUAUUUUGUGCACCUGUGCUACAAAUCAAUGAUUCUCAAAAUAAAUUUAAGUUUAAAAAGC